AUGUCAGUGACCGCACCUGUGGCCGUUAUGUCAGAGAGGUCAGUGACCGCACCUGUGGCCGUUAUGUCAGAGAUGUCAGUGACCGCACCUGUGGCCGUUAUGUCAGAUGUCAGUGACCGCACCUGUGGCCGUUAUAUGUCAGUGACCGCACCUGUGGCCGUUAUGUCAGAUGUCAGUGACCGCACCUGUGGCCGUUAUGUCAGAGAUGUCAGUGACCGCACCUGUGGCCAUUAUGUCAGAGUGACCGCACCUGUGGCCGUUAUGUCAGAUGUCAGUGACCGCACCUGUGGCCGUUAUGUCAGAGAUGUCAGUGACCGCACCUGUGGCCGUUAUGUCAGAUAUGUCAGUGACCGCACCUGUGGCCGUUAUAGGUCAGUGACCGCACCUGUGGCCGUUAUGUCAGAUGUCAGUGACCGCACCUGUGGCCGUUAUGUCAGAGAGGUCAGUGACCGCACCUGUGGCCGUUAUGUCAGAGAUGUCAGUGACCGCACCUGUGGCCGUUAUGUCAGAGGUCAGUGA